AUGACUGAGGUAUGGCAUUCCCGCAGCGCGCAAGGAUGCAAGACCUUCGCCGAUCCAGUAGAGGACUCAGUCCCGGCGUAUGUUAAGCGCUGUAACGCCAAAGCCAACGGUAGCGACAAAAUCGACACUUUCAUUCAGCCACCCUCCGAGAAAGCCAGCACCUACACCUACGCAUACUGCAUACUGCGAGAAUCGCUGAUUGAUCGUGAGGCCACCACCGAGGACUUCAAUGCCUUCCUCUCGAUAGCUGCACCUCAAGCGCUCCCAGAAGAGGGGCUGUUGCAUCUUCGUGCCAUCUUCCUCGUUGACGCAUCUGGCUCAACGCUUCAGCCUGACCAGAAGAUCCAGUUCGAAGGGGAAGUCCUGCAACACGCUUCCAAGCUAAUGCUCAUGGCGCUCAUAGCACUACAUCUCGCCAAGAAGCUUGUCGGUGUCAAGGUUCUCGAGAAAGCCAACCUCGAGGCAUUCGGUGCAGCGGCCGGGAAGCGUAUAUAUGGUGGAGAUCGAAUGCCUGAGGGCAUUCCAGAGUGGUUGAAGAAGAACUAG